CGGCGCGGCGCGCGGGGGCCGGCGGGAGGCGGCGCCGGGCGCGCAGCGGGGCGGGAGGCGGCGGCGGCGGCGAUGGGGUCCCGCCGGCCGCAGCGCUGAGCCCCGCCGCCCCCGCGCCGCGGCAUGGCCGGCAUCAUCAAGAAGCAGAUCCUGAAGCACCUCUCCCGGUUUACCAAGAACCUCUCCCCGGACAAAAUCAACCUGAGCACGCUGAAAGGGCAGGGGCAGCUGACGAACCUGGAGCUGGAUGAGGAGGUGCUGCAGAAUGUGCUGGAGCUGCCCACCUGGCUCGCCAUCACCCGGGUCUACUGUAACAAGGCGUCUAUCAGGAUCCAGUGGACAAAACUGAAAACACACCCAAUCUGCCUGUAUCUGGAUAAAGUGGAGGUGGAGAUGCGAACAUGCGAAGAGCCUCGGCCCCCCAACGGACAGUCUCCCAUCGCCCUUGCUGCAGGUCAAAGUGAAUAUGGCUUUGCUGAAAAAGUGGUGGAGGGGAUGUUUAUCGUUGUCAAUUCCAUCACCAUCAAGAUUCACUCCAAGGCCUUUCAUGCCUCUUUUGAGCUAUGGCAGCUCCAAGGCUAUAGUGUCAACCCCAACUGGCAACAGAGUGACUUGCGGCUCACCCGCAUUACUGACCCGCAGAGAGGAGAGGUUUUGACAUUCAAAGAGCUCACCUGGCAGACACUUCGGAUAGAAGCAGAUGCCACUGACAAUGGAGAUCAGGAUCCUGUUACUACUCCUCUGAGACUCAUUACCAACCAAGGGAGGAUCCAGAUCUCUCUCAAGAGAAGGACCAAAGAUUGCAAUGUGGUGGCAUCUAAGCUGAUGUUUCUCCUUGAUGACCUGCUCUGGGUGUUGACAGACUCUCAGCUGAAAGCAAUGAUGAAGUAUGCAGAGUCUCUGAGUGAAGCCAUGGAGAAGUCUGCCCAGCAGAGGAAAAGCUUGGCACCAGAGUCUGUACAGAUCACACCGCCUGCUCCAAGUACCCAGCAGUCCUGGUCUCAGUCAUUUGGAGUCAGCCCAAGUGCAAGUAGCAUUGGCCAAUACUUCGAUAAACAUGACAUGAAAGAGUCAUCGUACCACCUCCUCAUCUCGCGCCUGGACCUGCACAUCUGUGAUGAUAGCCACACUCGGGAGUCAGGCACUUUGAAGCACGGGAUGCUGGGAGGUGCUAUGCAGCUGACGUUCAGGAGGAUGGCCUUUGACUAUUAUCCUUUCCACAGGGCAGGAGAUGCCUGCAAGCACUGGGUGAGGUAUAGUGAGGCCAUGGAAACCCGGGGACAGUGGGCAAAAAAGUUGGUCAGUGAAUUUCAAAGCAAGAUUGAGAAGCAUUAUGAAGAAAUGGACCCUUCGUUUACCAGGACUCCAUUUUCUCCCUUCAAAAAGAAACCAGAUACUUUGCCGAGUCCUCAUAAAAGUCCCUCAGAGAAAGGCCGUGUCCCUCCCUCAAGCUUGCCACAACUCCGGCACCCUUCCUGGAACCGCCUUCGAUCUAGCUGUGUGGUAGUUCGAGUGGAUGACCUAGACGUUCACCAGGUUUCUACAGCUGGUCAACACAGUAAGAAACCCUCCACCUUGCUUUCGUGUAGUAGAAAAUUCCUCAACCUUCCAGAUCAGGUCUCUGCAAUCCAUAUUGAAUUCACAGAGUAUUACUUCCCCGACAAUCAGGACUUUCCAGUUCCGUGCCCAAACCUAUAUGCGCAGCUGAAUGACCUGGUGCUUACCCUGGAUACAGCAAGUGUGCUCUGGAUAAACCUCUUCUGUCUGGAUCUUUAUCGCAGCCUGGAGCAGUUCAAAGCCAUCUACAAGCUGGAGGACUCAGGCAAGCGUGAUGAGCACUUUGAUGUUCGACUGGAUGGCUUCCGGCUGAAGCUCAACAUCCCUGUGGAGAAGAAAGUUACUGACCAUCGAGAUCGUCCGCAGGCACUGUGCAUUCGCGUGUCAGACAUGACUGCCACCAACACCCGCCAUGCUCCCUUCUGCAGCUGCCAGGACCUCCAGAGCCUCUUCCGUAGAUUUGCCAAUUCGGAAUUCUUCCACUAUAACUACACCCAGUUCCCAAGGUCUCAGGACAAUUUCAGCCUUCUCCACACCCUUUUCUUGUACCAUGCGUAUGGGGUGGAUGACAGACGUCAGCAGCACACAAGCUUUUCCCAGGCACUUCACAGAUCCUCUGCCUCUGAAGACCUAUGGUCUAUGAAUUUCACAGAGCUUUCCCUGGACUUUGAGGGGGCUGAGAGUUCAAAGGGCAAAGCCAUUAACUUUAUUGACCCUUUUCCCCUUUCCAUUUGGGCCUGCCUUCCCAAGAGGUGGGGGCAAGCUCAGAUGUCUAAACGACAGGCAUUGGCUGCCUCUGAAUUGAAAAUCAAGCCUUCUGCCAGCUUUAGCAAUCACUCCAAGAAUGAGAACCUUUCCAGGGAGCAUGGGAUUUGCCAAAGAUCAAAGACUGACCAAGAUCUGAAGAACAUCCACGAGGUCCCAGAGACAGUGGACGUCUUGGGAGAACGUGACUAUGAAACUGAUGAUGGAGUAGAUGAUAAAGAGCUCGAAUCCUCUGCUGAUAUCCACAUGCUUUUGUCCUCAUCCGUUCAUGUCAAAGUUCGGCUCAACCACUACCAGUACUUGGUGCUGCUCAGGAUGAAAGAGGUUCUGCAAACACUACAGGAGCAGUUGGCCCAAGACACACAGGAAGUGACUGGGUCUCCUUUAGAUCCCAUGUCUGCUUGCGUAGGAGUUAUGUUACACAGUGCCGAAGUGGCCCUGCUCAUGAACCCCGUGCCAGGCUCCGGCUUGGAACCCCGGUCUCUUGACUCGGACACAACAAGCUUGAUAGAAUCGGAGCUCUCGCCCUCAGACAGCAAGGAGGGGCUGGCAACAGAAGAGCAGGAGCUGAAAUCAGAGACCAGUUCAGAGAAGGGAGCAAGCAGUAGCUCAAAGGUCCCAGAGGAUAGUGGGACUGAAGAUAUAGGUACAGAUGUAACCACUGCACCACUGGAGAGACUCCCAAGAUCCGCAAGUGAUGGAGCUCUGAGUAAAAGUCCAUGUAGUAAGAGUAUGGAGGAGAAAGGCCCAAUAGAGGAAGCACAUGAAGCUGUGGAAGCCCUGGUUGCAGAAGGACCGGCAGAGCUCAGCAACGAUCCUCAGAGCCCUCCUGCCCUCCCUUCCAGCCCAACCUCAGACGUGCAGCCCUUGAGGAGAGGAAGCAUUGCUCUCAAUGGCCAGGCAGAGCUCAUCCCAUUAAAAAACCUAGAGGUGGAGUUGUCUAGUGCACUGCAUAUCACAAAGGAUGCCACUAAGGAAGCUUUGCAUGUGACUAUGGACCUCACCAAAGAAGCCAUGUCUAUAACGAAAGAUGCUUUGAGCCUGAGCCGGGAGAAGAUGACCUCCACCAUGCAGAAAAUGCUCUCUCUGCCACCAACCAAGGAUGCUGUGCCUAAAGCGGAAGAGGGAGCAGGAACUCCUGGCGGUGGUGGCAGCAGCCGGAUGCGCCUCUUCUCCAUGAAGAGGACGACGUCCCAACAUUCAUUUGACACCACGUCUGUGGACGGGAGCGGCCCCGAGGACGGGCUGUCUGUGGACAGCGAUGGCAGUGACGGCUUUGUGAUGCUCACAGACUCUGAGCCCAGCCUGGACCCUCUUUCCUCAGGACAUCUUCCUCAGGUGCACAGUGACACAGGCAGCAGAGCAAGCCUGAUGGCAGAGGAUGAGGGUAGAGCAUCUCCUGAAAUAAACAGCUCGACCUCACAGAGUGGAGAAGACCCCAGCCUUCAGCUGGUGUCUGUCCUUGUGUUGAAGAUGAAUGAGGUGAACUGUGGGAUAGAGGCAAGAGGUGAUGAUUUGUCUGUUGCUUUACAAGUAAUGGAGGUGGUUCCAGAGCAGCUCAACAACGUUGGAAUGUGGCAAUAUCUGCGUGGCUACCUGGGAGAUCCAGGUGUAGAGAAGCCUUCAGUCCCUGAAGCUAGUAAGACCCAGCCAGAAGUGUGCUUGCGUCUUGAAGUAGGACCUAACGCUGCUGUGCACUCACCACUUGCUGUUCAGAAUGGCUUCCUUCAUAUGCUGGUCCACAGUUAUACAGCAGAGCUCUUCAUGUCCUUCCUUACUAACCUCGGCCCCUUUCUUGAGGAUGAAAUAAUCCCAGAGGUGAUCCCCAUGGAGAUAAAAAUUGUGAAUGCCAAAAUCACGUUGAAGGAUGACAGCCCCCGGGUCUACCCUACCUCCCCUGGCCCUGUUCCCAUCACCCUGGCAGUAGAUCACGUCAUUGUGAAGCGCAGAGACGAUGGGGUUUUCUAUCUAACAGCUCCACAAGGGGAGGGCUCACCGAAACAGGAAAAACCUGUGUCAGCUUUUAAGGAACAGACGGCCCCGGCCCCGGCAGAGUGUGUCUUGGCAGCCCCAGCGGGAGGGAUGCGUGGAUUGCCGUUAAAGGAAGUGCCAGAGUUGCAAAGGGAGCUGCAGACCAUGAAAAUAGCCCUUGCAGAAGCCAACAUGGACAAGGCCCGCCUUCUGCAGGAAAUUAGGAAAUACAAUCCCCUCUUCCAGCUCUGACAGUGAAGGCCCAGGCUGCAGCUGCUCAGGAGGAGUGGAGACCACCACCAGCACUUAGGCGGCUAGUUUGAUUAUAUUGCUGCUAAAUGGGUCAACCAACUGGAGCCUGAUCACCUCAAAGAAUGGAAACCAACUGUGACUGUAAAAUCAACUUGAAAGAGGGAGAAAGGAAGGAAGGCCUGGCUGGGCUGGGCGACAAGGGAGGAGGAAUGAGGAGGAGCUUGCAGCCACUCUACUCUGUCCUGGCAAUAUGGUGCUACCGUCUGCCACUGAGCCAGGACAGUGCUCAGUCUGCAAACAAAAGGUCAGAAGCUGCGGGGGGACCAGUGUUUCUUCAUUUGUACAGUGGUAUUGACAGCCUGGGAAUACCUCUCCUUCACCUUUUGUCUAGAGGUGGUUGAUUUGGGGUUUUCUGCUUCUUUUAAUCUUCCUUUUUGUGUUCUUGCCCAAUCACACAUGCCAAAGAACACAGCAAAAGGAGUAUAGUUAACUUACCACCUCAAGGAGUGAUAGAUAUGGCAGAAAUUGUUGCUCAGAGCUCUGAUGUGUGUUGUCGCAUGAAAAUUGAAACUUAGGGGGUCAGUGGGUGUGGGAGAUGUGGAAGGGAUUUCCCCCUUGUGGAGGGGGCUAAGGCUGAUUAUUUCCUCCGUAACAGGUCCAGGAUAGUAAAGAGAUUCCUUCAGAUUUCUUUUUCCACCAGUAAUUUGCUGUGUCAGGAGAGAAUUAUUAGCAUAUCAGUAGCACUCAGUCCCAUACAGUUUGGCUUUAUUGCUGGUAAAGCACAAAGGAAUUCAUUACAAAGGAAUAUUCAGUCUUUCUUUAAUUUUGCAAUCAAAGAACAGGAGUCAAGGAGGUUGGAUAAGUCAUGGGAUGGGAUCACCUAUAUGUUUCCUUUGGGGCACACACUGUCUUCAUAGCAGAGGUUCUCCAUACCAGUGGAGAAGGAGAGAGCAGCAAUGGCUGCACAAGGAAAUAGCUGUCUGCAUUCUUCCAUGGUCAUGUAUCUUUUUAUUAGCACUGAGCUCAUGCCCAGUCUUUAACGGGGAUAUUGGUGCAUGGGUCAGGAGAAGGGUGCUGAGCGUAUGGACUAGGCCUCCUAGGGUGGAGUCUAACACUAUUAACUGCUCACUAUGGGAUGGAGAUGAAAUAGCAGCUGUGGUGAUGAGCACAGUUUGUAUUCUCACCUUCUCUGGAGCUACUUUCCUGGAGAAGUCGUCUCUAUGGUCAAAUGGUGACUGACUUAGUUCAUAUAGAAACUGCCUCUACAAGUUUAAAAAAAAAAACAAAAGUAAAAUUUGAAGUAAGCACUAAUUAAAAACAAAGUAAAAACAGGUAUGUCACUUCUGAAGUGCAAGAAUUGAACCCACUCCUGAAGGCAGACUGGUGUCUGAUUUCUUUGUUCUACUAGUCCAGGUGGUGCCUGGUCGCGGUACUGAACAAGGACACAGACGCGUUGUUACCUGCAGUAAGGGACAGCUGUGAAGGGAGAAGCUGUUAGAAAAGAGAACUUGCUUUGUGUUCUGUUACCAUAUGGUGUGAGUUUUGGCCCCCUCUGUGUUACAGACGAACACUUGUUCCUUCCCCUGUCACACACAGCAUCUUUACUGUGUGCAGAGUUUUUUGGAGUUUAAUGUAUUUCAGACUUUGAUUUGGAUUUUUUCCAGAUGCAUUUUGUGUUUGUUUGAAUGUACCAUUUCUGAUGCACAUGCUUUUUACUGCAUGUAAAACAAAGUAGCGAUUGCCACACAUUGAAUGCUAGGAAAAAUGAGAUUAUAUGUGACUUUCCUUUAUUACUCAGCUGAAAACUACACUGUCUAUAAGAAUUAAGCAAGGUCUAUUUUGUUUCUUAGCUGAGCACACUCCCCACAACCUUAAUCUUAUGGGUUUCUCCUAUUUUUUCUACUUAAGCAUUAGUCCCUUGAAAUUAGUUUAGCUAAAGUAAUAUAAGAUUUGAAUCCUGCUUGCUGUGUAAGGAGCAGCCUCUGAUUUACAAGCUAUGAUGAGUUGAGGGCUGGGGGCUAAACGAAAGAAAGCAAACAGCUUGGGUUUGUUUUUCCUACUGUGCUCUUAAACACUUGUCCCUUUGCCCAACUCUGGAGCUGCUGAACACUUCACUUUCUCAGAGACUCCUGAGAUCAUUUUAGCUCUUCUUUAGCCCUAGGGGGGAAUGGGAACAUAUUUACAGUGCUAGGUUAGAUAUGGAGACACUGGUGAUCUGUGGCUUAUGAAGAGCCAAAAAUGAAUUCCUUGCAGGUGUUAGCUCUUACUCCAAAGAAGGAGGGCAUGCAAGAGAAUAGGAUAAAGACAAAGGGUGAUAAAAGUAACUGUCACUCUUCAGAUCAUCAUCUUAACUCAGUGUUUGAAUCCAUUAGACUGAAGGUAGCCUUGAAUAACGCUUGCUGGAAUUAGUGCUUGUGUGCUAGCUUUGAACAGAGCGCCUCGGGGCAGACGAUACUGAUGGAGUCCAGUAUUUCUGCCAUCUCUUUGUCUGCCAAGAUGUGACUGACCAGUGCCUAAAAUCAGAUAUGACAGCAGCUGCGAAAGCCUGACCUGCCUUCUAGAAACUCUGGAAGCAGGCAGGCGCAAAUGAACUCAAGGGAGGAAUAUUUGCCUUUGGCAGAAGCGGGGGAACUGAACUCUAGAAGGCUCUGCAGCGGUGCGUGGUGUGCUCGCCCUCACCAUCCACUUUGCCUGUGCUAGAUCUGCUGUUUGGAUGCUGUGACUUCUGAGAGUUUCCUUUCCUCCACAGCAGAGGAUCACUCCUCCUUGUUUGGGGCAGACAACCUUGUUUUCUCUGGAGCACCCCACCCCCUGCUCCAGCAGCCUUUGGCAGGAUAGAUUUGUGUUGCUGCCCGUGAUGGAAAAUGUACUAGAGCAGCCUGUCAGGCCUGCUCUCAAGAGGAAAAUGCACUUUAAAUUUUUAAGCAUCAGUGGGCAUUUCCUUCACCACUAUUGCCUCGUGCAUAGAAGAAUUCAGAAGUAAAAGCAGGGGUUGGGGUUCAAGUUACCUUCAGUGGUAAAGAUGAGACUGCUCCUGUGAACAGUUCUCAUAGUAAGAAAGGAGGUAACAAAGCAUCUAUGUAUCCACAGAUGUGCUUUGAAACAAACCCAUAUGCAAACAGCUAAUUGUAACUAACAACAGUGUGAACUGCACGAAACCUCCAUAAACAGAAGCUGAACUUUGUACCUAUGUGCUUCUGUGCUUGCUCCCUCUUCCUCUGUGAAGCAAGAGGUACAAGAAUGCUUGCCUUAGGUGGAAUGCAAUGGUAUUCUUGCUUUUUUUUUAAUUAUUAUUCACUAAUUGCUUGAAAGUGGGAGGCUUGUCUUCUCUUUCAAAUUUUCAUGACUUUUUGUUUAAGUAGGUGUCAAGCUUCAUCUACAGCCAGCUUGGGAAAAGAAUAGGGAGAAAAGGGUUUUCCCUAGACUGGUGCCUACUUGCAGUGUUGCAGAACUACUUACUUCUCCCUUCCAUGGGUGUAGGGUGAACAGAGUUGGGGCCAAGUUAUUUACAGCAAGUUUCUUGCUCCAGCAACUCAAGUCAACCUGUUCUGUUUAAGAAAAAUUAAACUACUUCCACUUUUUUUUCUUCUAAAUACUAGUAAGAACUGGAAAAAAAAAUCCACUUCCUUUCUACAUAAUGUAUAUGUGGAACAGGGGAGCACAAAAACUCCAGUGUCUUGACUGAUAAAUGGCAAAGUUUACUUUUUAAAGCCUUUUAUUUAAGGACUCUUUCUGUGUUAUGAUGAGAGCCAACUUAAUCCUUUGUGUAACUAUAAUACAGUUACCCUAGGGAGAGCACAUGGCCUCAGCAUCUUACAUUUAGUUAGCAGGAGAAGCGUGCUCAGCGGGGAAUACUGUAUGUACAGGGGGGUAAUGUGCAAGUCUGAACUUGAAUUUGAGUCUUAGGCAGUAUUGGAACUUUGUUGCAGUAUGAUAUUUCCACUCAUGCAUUUACUGGUUCUAUGAACCAUGAAAAAUUAAACUUGUUAACCUCCUUA